UAAUCUCAUCAUCACAACAAAAAGAAUCACACACACAUAUAUAUAUAUCGUAUAAUUAAUCAUGGUGUUGAUAGCGAUGAUUGCAGCAACUCCUGCUCGCACCACUGUGUUGAUAGCGAUGAUUGCAGCACUACUACUACUACUUGUAGGGCACGCCGCCGAGGCGAAAUGCCUCACCACCGACAUCGUCGGCGGCGGGCCUUGUGACGAUAGCUACGCUUCCUGCGUAUCCUUCCUCAUCACGUCGCUGCGCGACCAGACACCGAAGGUGGAUGGAUUCCAGCACGACCAGUACUCGUUCCCCGACGGAAGCGUUGGUUCGGUCACAGGUGCUGCCAGUUGUUCCCCGAACAAGGAUAAACAGCACUGCGAGAGUUGCCUUGCCAAGGCCAAGACCUCGCUGGACCGCUGCAAGGACUCCGGUGGCAUCGUCAACAACGAUGACUGCACCAUGUGGUUCGACCAGAUCCGUUGAUCCCGUAAUAAUUUGAUAUGAAAUGCCCCCGGGCGCGCGCGGCCCAGUACGUGUUAUUUUAGCUAGCAGAAUAAUCCACCGAGGGAACUGAAGAGAAAGGUGUAUGAUCACUUUUUUUUUUCUUUUCCGGCCGGUCACUUUUUCCUCUUUUUGUGUCUUUGAAAUUGCGUUUAGGUCAUGGGGUCGUGCUUUGCUAGUUUUAAUUUCCUCGUUUUUGGGAUUCAUCAGCGCAAGUUAAUUUGCUUUGUAGUUUCACCCUUUCAAUUUAGUCUUGAGAACCUUCAGCUUACCAUAAAAUAGCUAGUAAUCAAUGGCACUUACUCAAACCUGGCAGGGGGACUAACCUUAGUCCAGAGUGGCUUUAGAGACGUACGAAUGGUAUAGCACGUGGCAUAAUUGGUUCUUGAAAAGAAUUUCUGAAAUAUAUCAAACUCAGCCGUGGGAGUUGGGACUAAUUUAGUCUUCUUAGUGUUGUGGUAUAUGAUCCACGAUUGAAUAUUUCCAAACAACUCGAGUUAUUGGUAUCAACUGGUUCUAGACAUUAAGUAGCUUUAAAAACAGAAUGGUACAUCACGUGGCAUAAUUGGUUCCAAAAAAGAAAUUCUGAAAUAUAUCGAGAAUAAAUUACAAUUUUAUAUCAUAAUGAACAAUUUAUAUUGUGUAAAAGAAAUUUCAAAAUUAAAAUUAAAAUGAAGGAGGUAAAGGGUGGUAGCGAACUAGCGGGUGAUCAGAAAUUUUCUUUCCUGAAUUAUAUAAAAAUUGACGCAGAACUCUCUUUGAUUUGCUUCCCAAAUGCGGAACUCUCUUUGAUCCGCCUAGCCCAAACGUGGAUCUCUCCUGAAUCCACCAAACAUACGCGAGUCACCCUAGACUGCCAAAUGUUAGAAACACGUUUUCUAAGGAAAACGAGUUUCUAUAUUAUCCGGGUCGUGGAGCAGCAGCGGCAACAACGAGUCGGGCGGGCCACGCUCGAGUUCUUGGGCCGAACAGAUCGGCGGGGCGGGCUAGCACGAACGGGCCCUCGGCUGCGUACACACAGACAAGCAGAGGGACUAAAUAAUGAAGAUGGGCCUCAUAUAAGCCCUAUGGAAUCUCUUUUACAUAGUGUGGGCUUGAAUAUGAAGAAAGAAGGAUUUAUGGGCUUAGAUGAGCACUCUGAUACUUACUUUGUGGAUUUUGGAAAGUGGGGUGGACAGUCAGUAGGCUAUGGCUAGGGAUGGCAAUCAAACUCAUGAUCGCGGGUAUCCGACCGCCCCUGACCCAGUCAACGCGGGGAAUCCCCGCUUUGACCGGGUAUGGGGCGGGUAUGGGUAAAACCCGCAAAAAGUUUGAUGGGUAUGGGGCGGGUAUGGUUUUAGCCUCCCCCGCCCCAUACCCAUCCCCAUACCCGCCCCACCAAGAUAAUUUCUUCAUAUAUAAAAAAAUAUGUGCAUCAAAUUAUAAUCUAUCAAUGACUAUGAGAAUAACUUGAGAAAAUAAAUAGUAGAAAUGCAA